AUGAGUCAAAAGCCGAUCAAAUCGAGGAAAUCAAAGGCAAAGAAAGCGAUUUUAGGCAAAAAGAAGUCUUUGAAAGGAGUGGACAUUCACUUUGUUUUGACGGAUACUAACAAAGAAAGGGUCGAAUGGAUGAGCAAACUGUUGGAAAUGCAGAGGAACUCCGUGUUUGUCGACUCCACCAUAAUUACAUCGGAUUUCAAGAAGUUCUCAAUCGAUAGGAAUAUGUUCGCAGCCAUCAGUCCCUACUUUAUGGCCCUUUACUCCAACUCUCUGUACACCGAAAACCAGAGCCGAGAAGUGUUUUGCCGGACAUCUCGGAUUAAGGACACCAACAUUGAGGCAGUCAUUCGAGCGGCCAAUAGACUCCAAAUCACUGGAGCUCUUGAGUACUGCUAUGGAUAUUGGACUAAAUCUCUGGACACCAAGAAUUGCAUAAGGAUUUACCAAAUGUCGCGAAUGUAUUAUGCGAUUGGAGUGAUCGACAAAUCAAAGGAAUUCAUUCUCUAUAACUUCAUGGCUGUUGUCAACCAAUGUCCAGAUUUCUAUUCUCUCAGUAAAGACGAGUUGUCCGACAUCUUGAGUGACGAUCGGCUGAAUGUUAGCCGAGAAGAACUCACUUAUUCUGCGAUCAACUCUUGGAUAUCAGCCAACCAUUAG